AUGCCUGUGGUUUUGACACUGUUCCACGCCAUCCAGGGCGCUGCUAGCGUCUACGCCGGAUUGCUCUCCGCCAUGGCCAUCUACAACCUUCAACAACGUGAAGAGCAAGCCGAGCAUGCGGCUCAGUAUUCUAAUACAGCUGCAUCUCAACUCCAUAAGACGAGGACUACUCAAACUAGUGGAGCUGUGGCAGCAAUAUCCUCCGUGAUCUCGUCCGUGACACUUGCUGUCAUCUCAUCCUCCGACGGUCGAAGCCCGGUCCCAUUCCUCCUCAGCGCAGUGAACGCAGUCGGCCUGGGACUUGCCUACAGACAUCUCCAGAAUUUCUGGCGCGGCAAAGCCAAGGUCCCGUUCCUCUCAGAUUACAAUGAUGGCAUCCGUGCCUCAAAUCAGCUGCAACAGGCAUUGGGAGCUUUGGCAGUCAGCUGGGCGAUUUCAAGCGUAGUCCAUCUCUGGCGGACGACCAGUAGCUGA